AUGGCUUCUUCUCUCACAGUGCCACGCUUGAGUUUCGCUGCUCUUUAUGUGGCAGCCAUCACUUACGGAAUAAACAUUCUACUGGCCGCAAUAUGCACAUACUUCCUCCUGGGACCAGGACGGAGAGAAGGGAAAUACCAUUACGUCCUGAUCACAUAUACAUUCGCCAUGUCCAUCGCCACUACUAUCUACUUCAUCAGUGGGUCACAGUGGAGCGAACAAGAGUUCGUGCAAGACGCAGGAGAUUCUGCUGCAGUCGCUCUGCUAAUGUCUUCCCCCUUGGCUGAGGCAAAGAAUGUGGCCAUCGUUGUUAAUAUCUGGUUGGCUGAUAGCUUGAUUAUCUGGCGCGCUUACACUGUCUGGGAGGGUAGUCUUUCGGUACUGUCUGUCUUAGUCACAGUCUAUCUAGCGGACGUGGGAACCAAAUAUGGCGGAGAUGCAGUGGUGCAUUUUGGCACAGCGUUUUGGUCACUAUCCGUAGCGCUCAACGUCCUGGCGACACUUCUCAUCGCAGGCCGCCUGCUCUAUCGACGACGCAACUUAUUUGGAGGCUUCUCUGCCUCCAGCAGUCGCUACACCUUUGCGGUCAGCGUCGUGACCGAAUCUGCUGCAUUGUACACCAUCUGCGGCUUGAUAUACAUACCAUUAUAUGCAGUGAACUCAGUGCUGCAAUAUCCUUUCUCAGCUCUGUUCUGUGCUGCCUCGUUCACCGCGCCACAUCUUAUCAUCCUUCGAAUGGCCUUGGGUGUAGCGGUGGCUCAAAGUCCUGUCGUCGUUAGCCCAAACAGUUCGAUGAAGCUCAACUUUGCCCAGGACCAGUCUCAGUUGGCAUCCCGCCAGAGCGAGAGUAUUGGACAUCCCACUCACUAUCAUUACCGUCCUGCUGCGGGUCCCCAACCGGUCUCCAUUCCUAUGGUGCCGUACAAACCAAGCAGAGCGCAUGGGGACAAAGAUCCUCAGGUUUAUUCAGUCGUACACUCUUGGCCUUCGCAUCUCAAGGGUUUGUAUUCAUGCCCCUCAUCUGGACGCGAACCGUUAAAACUAUUCUCAACCGAACUCGAACUCCGACCGAACCUAUUGAACAGCUUCAGUAGCGCUUGGAGUCCAAGCCUUAUCGCAAAUUACCGCCGAUGUGGGAGCGAUGCGUUGCAGUGA